UCUGGUGUUUUCAAUCCACGGACACAAAACAGGACGGAGCAACUUCCUGUGAGCACUUCCGGCAGCAGUCAGUCAUGUGUUUUGAACGGUUUUAAUUGAUAUUACAUGUAAACUAACUCCAGAAAACGCCCACGGAGUGUUUCCCGUUGAACAGACAGAGAGGUUGAGCUAUGAACGCUUUCUUUCGAAAGUUGCAAGUGUCGGUCACACAACAGGCAUUUGUGUUUAAUGGAGCACUUGCAUUAUGCCGGGCCACACCGACCAUCCAGCAUCCUGUUUGGACUUCUGUAAACGAAAGACAAUACAGAUCAAUGCCAACCAACGGGAUUGGGAGGUGGAGACAUCUUGUAGUUAAAGUCGUGCAAAAGAAAAAGAGAGAUAAACACCAGAUGAAAGAGAUCAAAUCGGGAUCAAAAACAACAUACCCGACUCUGAAUGUGAAAGUAACGGGUUAUGACAUGACGCUGGUGGAGCAUUACUCCAACUACAUCCACAACCUCUGCAACCGGCUCCACAUCAAAGUCUCAGACAGCUAUGCCCUGCAAACCAAGACCUCUGAGGUCAUGUUAACGAAAGAGGAAAGCAGCAGGAUGAAUAUUGAAGUCAUCCUGAAGACUCAUUCACGAAUCAUCCAGUUGUCCAGUCUGGACGCCUCAAUCUGUCCCGUUUUCAUGGAUGUUAUUUUGAAGAAUCAGGCAGAGGGAGUCCAGCUCUCUGUGGAGAAGCACAACGUGGAUGAAUACCAUGCACGGUUCAAAAUCCGGUCAGAGCUGGAGGGGCUCAAGUCGAAGAUUGGCACAAGGAACAGAUGAACAGACAUUCUUACGUUUAAACCUUCCUGACUUCCAAAGCUACAUGUGACACAGACGUUACCUGUUUAUUUAUUCCCUGGCAUUCCUUACCUGAAUGCUGUUAAAGGUGAUCACAGAAACUGUACACAUUCAUAUUGACAUUCUUUUAUGAUCUCUGGAAAAUAAAACCAUGGCAAUUUUUUCAAACUGAA